UGUUCACUCAGCCCGACGUUGUGCCGUCACGCUGCGCCGUCGACAAAGCGGUCAAAGUUUUACUACUACCUACAUAUCUGAAGUAUGAUCGAACUUUUUUGAAAUUCGCGCCCUUUUUUGUUUCCCUCUCACACGAAAUUUUUGUCAACCAUUAACUUCAAAGUUACUCUCUCGUGACCGUUAUUAUUAUUAUUAUUAAUUUUGAUUUGAUGUAGACGGGUAACGAAUGAGGUAAUUUAUUUUCGAGUGCUCUUACCUCGUCAAAUACCAAAAAUAUUAUUCCUCAGAGGUUGUUUGUUGAUAACACAAGCUCUUCCGGCGCUUUUAUAUCUACCUAUCGCCCUAAUAUCGAUUAAUCUAUUUCCGAAGGAGGUCGUUAUCUUUGAAUUGAGAGACCGUGGCGCGCUUCUGCAAACAACAGCUCCACGUCCGACGUUAGUUCUCUUUAUUUAUUUUUUUGCAAAAUAACUCGCGCGCGUGAAAACGGAACUGUGUCAGAAAAUUAUGUGAAGUGCAUCCUUACAACCGUUUUUGUUUUUUAAAAAGCUAAUGCUACGUUUGUGUGCUACUCAUUGCGUAUCGGCGACAACUUCAAAUGAAACGGGUCGACUCGACCACUGUUUUAGCGGUGGAGGUGGCGGCGGUGGUGUCUUAAGAAAGGGCCACAUAGGCGAGAACCCCUUCGAAACGGCCGUGGGUUGGACGAAGAAUCACUUUGGUACCGCCACUGCAUCUUGGCCAAGGCACUCGAGAUAUAGUGACGAUGGCAUUAUGGAGCAAGAGGUAGAUGCAGAUGUUGCAAUCAAUUUAUCAACAUCGCAGAGGCCUUCAGCGGCCACAACGCCUACAGGGAGUGUAGAGCCACCGGAAGACGUAGAGCAGCAAGCUGCCUCGUUAGAAAAAGUAUUGAAAGAGCAACAGCAACAACAACAGUUGGAGCUGGAGCGCGCUUGGGAUAGAGAAAAAGAAAUUAAAGGGAAUGGAGAGACAAGUCCGACUUCAGAGCACAGGGUGCACGAAUUAUCACCCCCGCCUGCUGCGGAUGCACAAAAAGUUCUGGGAGCAUCCAUACCUGCCACGCAGGCUCAACUCACACCAGGAUCUCAGAUGAUAGGGUCUCCUGUUUCUGGACUACAUCAUCACAUGCAACAACUUUUACAACAACACGUACUAAGUCCUUCGCAACUGUCGACCUUAAUGAAACAACAUUCUGUCUUACAACAGCAACAUCAUCAGCAGCAUCAACAAUUAGCCGAAUUAGGGAAGAAACAGAUCGAGCAAACAAUUCAACAAUUACAAGAACAACUGCAACUUAAUCUCAUUCAACAAACGCAGAUUUUACAAAGUACAGAUAAGAAAAAGGCUUCUGCUUCUUUACAGCAAUUAGCUUUGCAACAGCAGCAAUUAAUUCAGCAGUUACAACUCAUUCAACGGCAGUAUGUUGUGCAUCAAGGAAUGGGGAUGCAACCUAUGAUGCUCGUACAAGGGUCCGGCUUGAACAAUAGGGAUGUGAUGAGUCCAUGGAAAGACCCUAGCAUAGAAAUUCCUUCAUCUCUUCCAAAUAGUAAACCCAUAUCAGACGUAAAUGGGCUUAUAGGUGGCUUAACACCAAGUAGGACAAACAGGGAGGAGGUCCCAGGGGAAGAAAAAGCCGAUGGCACUAACACGCCGGACAAAAUUCAACAUUUGUAUGGCCAUGGUGUCUGCAAAUGGCCAGGUUGUGAAGUUAUUUGUGAAGACGUGCAAGCUUUUAUGAAAUACGUACAUCCAGCUUUGACUGACUUGAAUUUAUUCCAGCAAGCUGCCUCGUUAGAAAAAGUAUUGAAAGAGCAACAGCAACAACAACAGUUGGAGCUGGAGCGCGCUUGGGAUAGAGAAAAAGAAAUUAAAGGGAAUGGAGAGACAAGUCCGACUUCAGAGCACAGGGUGCACGAAUUAUCACCCCCGCCUGCUGCGGAUGCACAAAAAGUUCUGGGAGCAUCCAUACCUGCCACGCAGGCUCAACUCACACCAGGAUCUCAGAUGAUAGGGUCUCCUGUUUCUGGACUACAUCAUCACAUGCAACAACUUUUACAACAACACGUACUAAGUCCUUCGCAACUGUCGACCUUAAUGAAACAACAUUCUGUCUUACAACAGCAACAUCAUCAGCAGCAUCAACAAUUAGCCGAAUUAGGGAAGAAACAGAUCGAGCAAACAAUUCAACAAUUACAAGAACAACUGCAACUUAAUCUCAUUCAACAAACGCAGAUUUUACAAAGUACAGAUAAGAAAAAGGCUUCUGCUUCUUUACAGCAAUUAGCUUUGCAACAGCAGCAAUUAAUUCAGCAGUUACAACUCAUUCAACGGCAGUAUGUUGUGCAUCAAGGAAUGGGGAUGCAACCUAUGAUGCUCGUACAAGGGUCCGGCUUGAACAAUAGGGAUGUGAUGAGUCCAUGGAAAGACCCUAGCAUAGAAAUUCCUUCAUCUCUUCCAAAUAGUAAACCCAUAUCAGACGUAAAUGGGCUUAUAGGUGGCUUAACACCAAGUAGGACAAACAGGGAGGAGGUCCCAGGGGAAGAAAAAGCCGAUGGCACUAACACGCCGGACAAAAUUCAACAUUUGUAUGGCCAUGGUGUCUGCAAAUGGCCAGGUUGUGAAGUUAUUUGUGAAGACGUGCAAGCUUUUAUGAAGCAUUUAAAUACAGAACAUACAUUGGAUGAUCGAUCCACUGCUCAAGCAAGGGUUCAGAUGCAAGUAGUUUCCCAGUUGGAACUACAAUUGCAAAAAGAACGGGAUAGACUCCAAGCCAUGAUGCAACAUUUACAUAUGUCGAAACAGCUUAGUUCUCCAGAACCUCCUUUAAAAGAAAACACUGCCCCUGUUAAAAUGCCUGUUAGUUCUGUGAUCACUCAGCCUGUGGUUUCUAUAGGCCCCCUAGCUUCGGCUAUCCGAUCUCCUAUCCUUCAAACCCCAGUUCCUACAGUUGGUGGUCCCAUUAGAAGAAGGAUAAGUGAUAAAUCGUCCCCUUCGUUAGCAGGGGGAUUGCCCUAUAUGCUUGAAAGGGCUGGACUGGACGUUCAACAAGAAAUUCAACGGAAUAGAGAAUUUUAUAAAAACGCGGAUGUUCGACCACCUUUUACUUACGCUUCAUUAAUUCGUCAGUCAAUUAUAGAAUCUCCCGAUAAACAACUUACCCUUAACGAAAUUUACAACUGGUUUCAAAAUACAUUUUGCUACUUUCGAAGAAAUGCAGCUACAUGGAAGAAUGCGAUACGCACCAAUCUGUCUCUCCACAAGUGUUUUGUACGAUAUGAAGAUGACUUUGGUUCAUUUUGGAUGGUCGACGACGCGGAAUUCGUCAAGCGCCGCCACUUGUCACGUGGUCGGCCACGGAAAUAUGACCCAACCCCAUCACCCACUCCACCCCACUGCGCACAGGGAAGUGCUUCUAAGAGUCCUACAAUGAAUCACAGUCCUACCAUGUAUGGAGAUCAUUUAGCACCGAACUUGCAGGCGCCUAUGUUAGAAGACAGUAUAUCAUUCCUGACCAAUACUGUAGGGGUUAAUAAUCGAGAUAUAAGAUCAAGAGAAAGUCCGCAUUCACCACCAGUUCAAGAUCGUUUAAGGUCUCCGUUAAAUGGCGGCCUCCACGUGAAACCUGAGCAUUCGUUGGGGGAACAACAGAUGAUGCGGGAUUCAGAAAUAAUGCAGCACAUGAUCAAGAGGGAGAUCCAUUUCGAUUACGACGACGUCGAUCAAGAUCAUCACAUGGGCGGGAUGGCUGAGGACCUGACGAUCGCGGGGUCGGAUCACAACGAAUCAAACAUUAUCGACGCAUAGUGUGCAGUGUUUAAAUCGAAAAACUAACUGCGACGCCUUUCCUUUUUCGACGAGCGGAACUUGUAAAAUCCAUAUCUAAACCGAUCAGUAGUUUUUUUGUGUAAAUUCGGAUAUGUACAGUUUCUUUUUGUGUACAUAGGUGUAUAACUUGGAACUUCCUAAGCUGUGAAAGUGUUUAAAUAAAAUAUUCGUAAAAAGAAUACAUGCAAAGUAUGAGAGAGAAUUUGUUGCACUACAGCCGAGGAAAUUUUUGUUGUUCAAUAAUAUAUAUAUAUAUAUAUAUAUAUAUACAUAUUAUGUUAAUAUUACACAGGGUGAUAUGUUAUUUAAUGCAGGUACAUUGGUUGUUUUUUUUUUUUUUUCAUAUCAGUGAUGGAACGAAUUGUAAGUACGGAUCUGCACGAUAGACUUUUUCCCAGUGCGUGUGUGUUGUAGGUACGAUUAAAACCAGGAGAGCAUUUAAGUUAUUUACUCCAGGUGGUGAUGAAACGAAACGAAGCAAUAUUCUUAUUACACUCGAUAAUAUUUCGUUUCAUGUUUACCAGAAACAAAUAAUCCAUAUCAGGACAGAAUCGAUUCUUAUUACUGUCGUGUAUUAUAAAUAUAAUGUGACUAUGCCAAAUUUUAGUGAAUUUGCCUCGUAUUAGUUGUUAAAUUAAAUAGUAUUCCCUCCUAAUCGAAAAAAAAGAAUCCACUACCUUUCAUUAUUGUAUAUGUUACCUACAUAGAUCUUGUAUCGAAACAGUAGUAAACAUUUUUUAUUUUUGUAAGAUCUAAUCUAUUAUAAAAAUGAUCAUUUAAAUUAUUGAAUUCCUCAAAUGUUUAUGUACAAUUUGUAAUAGUUUCUAUUUUUUAUUUGCAUUCGAGCAUUUUUAUUAUUUAUUGCAGUACAAUUACGUUUGUUUCUACUAAACUGGUGCAACUGUUAGUAAUUAAAAUUGUGCCAAAAUUUUGACUUUAAAAAUUACAUAUCAUUUACUCACCCUUAGAGUGAAUUCUAUUUCAAAAAAAAAAAAAGAGGUCUGCCCCUUAUUGGUAGAAACAGUGUAUAGCAGGUAAUUUUUCAUGUAAGAUGUGUUGUACGAUUUAUCGUAUAUCACUUGUUUAAACAAUUAUUAUUACCACAAUAAAUAGAGCAAUAAAUUGUGUUUUAUUCUCUA